AUGCCUCUCGGUGAGACGGUUACCGUGCUUAACAAGUCCGGCAAAGUAGUCAGCACGGGCAAACACUUAUUUGGCGUCUUCGGUCAUGCCAGAGAUGCAUAUCGCGAACGCAAAUCCCAAUUCCAGUCGGAACGCAACGCCAAGAUCGCCGAGCAGGAAGCCUUGAGAGGUCUGCAGACUUAUACCAUCGAAGACGCGCCCUCGGUCGCCUCUUCACGCAGGAGCCGUUCUCGACAUCAUUCCGGCCGUAGCCAUCAUCAUCGUCACCAUCAUGAGGGUUCUGAAUACGAGCAAGACCUGCAUUCUGUGGCCUCGCGCUCGCGCUCCCUCCAGCGUCCCACGGACAUGGUCCGCCGCCACACCCAUCAUGAGAUUGCGCUUCGCGAGCCUGAGGGGCGGCAGAUGACCGGUCGCUCUCGAUCGGAUGCCCAAGUGGAUAUGGACUUGGCAUACGGCGAUUUCCAUCCCUCUGCACUGGAGCGUCAGCCGGACAAUCAGCUCCAAAAGAUCAAUGAUCCGGAGCUGAAUGGCCUGGUUGGUCGGGCGCAAUGGCUCCUGGAGGAGGCCAACUGUGUGCAUCAUAGUGCAACACAUACAAUCGCCCACCUCCAGAAGAAUCCGGACGCCAUGGCGGCCGUGGCGCUCACUUUGGCGGAGAUCAGCAAAGUGGCCACCAAAAUGGCCCCGGCCGCACUCACUGCUUUUAAGACGGCGGCACCCGGUGUUUUCGCAUUGCUUGCUAGCCCUCAGUUCUUGAUCGCAGCUGGAGUUGGCCUGAGUGCGACCAUCGUCAUGUUCGGUGGAUAUAAAAUCAUCAAACACCUGCAGGGCGGAAACAACAAGGAGAUAAGCGCCCCACCGGGCGACCCAAGUGUUCCCCCAGGUGCUGAACCACAAGAAUCGAUGGACGACAUGAUGGAAAUCAACACUGAAUGUUUGAGCGGCGUCGAGAUGUGGCGGCGUGGCGUGGCUGAUGCCGAAGCAUUCAGCGUUGGCACGUCGGUUGAUGGUGAAUUUAUCACGCCAAAAGCUGCCGCCAUGUCCGGCAUUGAUGUGACGACGGCGCGUAUGACGAGAGAUCCCCGUUUCAAGUUCGACGACGAUGGCUCCGUGGCAUCUUCACGGCGGUCCCGUCGAUCCCGGGCUUCCCGAGCCCCAUCCCGUUACUCCCGAAUGGAGCCUAUGCCUGAAUCAUACAUCGGCUCUCGGGGAGGCGCUGCGAAGUCUUUCUUUGGAGGAGAGUCGAGGGCGCCCUCUAAAGCUCCCUCGAAGGCCCCGUCCAAGGCCCCAUCCAAGUCUCCUUCCAAGGCUCCUUCCAGAGCUCCGUCAAAGGCGGAAUCGCGAUUCUCCGAGAAAGAAGUGAAACCCGAGAAGAAGAAACGAUCAAGCCGAUUGCGACUCAUGUUUACUGCUUGA